AUGCCUGCUUCUUCACGCAGCUCAAAGGCCUGCACCGAGUGCCGGCAAGUCAAGCUCAAGUGCGACUCGAAGCUCAGCUUUCCAGAACCAUGUUCUCGGUGCAAGACGCGGAACCUGGUCUGCACCUUUGAUCCGACCUUCAAACGCACACCUACCAAGGGCCAGCUCGAGAGAGUGACCAAGCAACUGAAUCAGCUGCAGAGUGCUCUGGGCCUUCCGCAACAUCGAUAUCUACCAGACUAUCUCCAUGUUCCCUCGACCGGGAGCCGCACGUCCAGCGUCGGUAGUCAAUCUUCAGUCCCCUCGCCUGAGACAAGCGCGGUGCCGCGCACAGUGCCCCUACAGCCUGAGACGUACUUCGGGCUUUCUGAUUCAACCGUGGAUGUGCCUGAAAUCUUCCGCCUCGGGUCUUUUCAAAUCUCUUCUGAACGCGUGAAGCAACUUUUCGUGCACUUUGCUCGACAACAGUAUAGACACCUUCCCGUCAUCGACACCCGUCGCAACUAUGCAGAGCUGCACCACACAACGCCAUUUCUCUUCUGGUCUAUCGUGGUCGUAGCCAUUCGAAGCUCUAACCUCAUGAACGAGCUAAUCGAUACCAUUGAAAAGCCCUACAACGAGUUCGUCGGCAGAGUCGUGGUCAAAUCUCCAUUAUCCUUAGCCUCGAUUCAGGGCUUGCUGUUGUUAUGCCUCUGGCCCUUUGGUGUACGCCACCAGCGCCAAGAUCCCAGUUGGAAUCUGUGCAAUAUCGCUUUAUCAGCCACGAUCCACCAGGAUCUUCCGGGCAAGAUUCUGAGGAAGAAAGGCUGGCCGAACGAGGAAGAGCAAAUUGGUUGCAGAACAUGGCUAGCCUGCUUCUACGUCAGCUCUUGCCUAAGCGCAAGCCUUGCAGUUUCUCCUCCCCUACGAACCUCGGAGGACCUGACCAACGUUAGUAAAGCGCUGGCCAUUGGGGGCUCAACUGGAGAAUUCGCUAGUCAGCUCGAGAUCCAGCGCCAGGUCGCAAAUUAUACCUCGGUCCUUCGCGACCAAAGUCUGAUAGAGAGCUCUUCAGCUAUUCAGAUGUACGACAAGGAAUUAAGCGCCAUUCCUGCCCACUUCAAGGAGCAUUGGACCAAGGAGAGUGAGUUCUGUCUAUUGGUAGCCAAGCUCAAUCUCUACACCUUGGUCAUACUAUCAGCAAGAAGUGGCCAGAGUUCCACUCCAACGUCUUCCAUUCCAGGACCACAAAAUUCGGUUGGCAUCUGUUUGCUGAAGGGCUUUCACGUUGCCGUCAAGAUGAUUUCUCUGUAUUCACAACUCAUGGAUCAGAUUUCUCAGAAACCUUAUGAUGACACGGACGUCAUUCCUACUUACUACACUUUACCCAAAAGCUAUCACCAUUCCUUUGCACAAGCUACCUUUUUCCUCUUGAGAUUCACCACGGCUGGAUCUCAAUUUCCGGAAAGCGAUCGAGAUAUUGCUCGGAACCAUAUCAGAUUGGCACACGAGAUCUAUCUACGCAACUCUCAGAAGCCAGAUGAUGAGCCUGAGAGAGAUGCCCAUGUGAUCGAGACGCUAAGCCGCAAUGGAGAGGGCGAAAAUGAUUUCCCAGACAGCCAGGAUCUGUCCAUUGUGCGACUUACCGCCAAGAGAGCUGCGGCAAUCCGAGGCAAGUCCUCUUCAUACGAUGCCCCUGUACCCGAAGUGCCUGCGCCAGCCUCGACCGAGAGCAUUCCCGAGGCAGUUGGCGUGGGCACAUCAAGCGUGCCCAAUGCCCAGGGAGAUUCAGCAGCAUUCGAUUUUCAGUAUACUGACAAUUGGCUGCCCUACUUCGACGUGCCCAACGAAGUAUGGGACAUAAAUAAUUAUCCUGGCACGAUGCCUCCGGUGGCCGAUUGGUCGGGGCAAACGACGAUGAUGAACUAUUCGACAUAUUGA